AGCACGGUAUUAAUAGGCACUGGAUACCCUCCGAGGGCGACACCAUCUGGCAACAGCGGGUGGCUGCACCAACAAUGGCCGACGCUCGUAGAAGUGCAGUGAAGAAUAUAGACGGAGGAUGGGCUUGGGUGGUUGCUUUUUCGUGUUUUAUAUCCACUUUUACAGUUAUGGGACUAUUUAGAUCGGCUGGAGUCAUGUAUGUGGCUCUUGUAGAGGCUCUAGACAUCACUAGAGAAAUGGCUGCCUGGCCACUUAGUUUGUGUGGCUCCGUUAUGUUGCUAGUAGGUCCCAUUGUUGGUAUGUUAACACAUUAUUUUUCUAUUCGAGUGUUAAUGAUAAUAGGUACAUUAUUAACCUCGUUGGGUGUUAGUCUUUGUUAUAUUCCAUUAAACUUAACAGCGAUUGUAAUAUUUUUGGGAGCGAUUUACGGUAUUGGUAUCGGAUUCGUAUUAAUCACAAGCCCCGUUAUAAUCAAUCAAUACUUUCUCCGUUACAGGACAAUAGCUAUAGGAAUAACGUUUUCUGGUGCAUCAGCGGGAUCGAUCGCUCUACCACCCCUCAUAGAAUAUUUACUAGAAACUUACGGAUUGAGGGGAUGUUUUCUACUUUUAGGAGGAGUGCUUUUACACGGGGUAGCGGCAGCGUCAUUAUGUCGCCCUCCUAAUACGUCCAAGAAGGCCCACGAAGAACAGGAGUUAACGUUUGAGUUACGCACCAACAACAACAACGAAAUUAACUUUAAAAAACCAAAGAAACAAAAUGCAUUCCGUCAAUAUAUUUCCUUAGUUAUCGAGCUUUUAUGUGAUCCUAUGUACCAAAUUAUUAACUUUUGUUUUGGUAUAUUUUUCAUCUGUUUCACCUUGUAUAUAACUAUUUUAGUGGACUUUGCUAUGGAUCGAUCCAUAGCACAGAACAAAGCAGUUUUUAUUAUAUCAGUUUAUUCGAUUAGUGAUCUGUUUGGAAGAAUCUUUUCGGGAUGGAUAAUCGACUUUAAGAUUAUAAGAAGGAAAACUGUUAUCAUAGUUAGUUUCAUCUCUUCUGGUAUAUUAUUAAUUACUAUACCUUUCGGGAAUAAUUAUGCAGCAAUAUUAGCUUUAAUAUCUGUUCUAGGAUUGCUUUGUGGAUCCAUUAUGGUCAAUUUUACAGUCUUGCUAACGGAAUAUUUGGGACUUUCAAAAGUCACCACGGCUCUUGGAUUAUCAAAUUUUUUGUACGGGAUCCUGGGACUAUUCAGACCAAUGAUUAUUGGUCAUUAUAGAGAUACAUUAGGAAGUUACGAUUAUUUGUUUUAUACAUUGGGAGGUAUGCACGUCAUCGCUGGUGUAACGUGGUUUAUAGAACCGUUAUUAAAGCGCUGUAAAGAGAAGAAAGAGAACGAAAAUGCCGACGACCAAUAUAUAUAAUGCUGCUAUAUUCAGCUUGUACCAAGAAUAUAUUUUACUGUAUUUACAGUAGUCUUUUUUUUAAAUUCUAUCUGUCAUAUUUGACAGCUGUUAUAUCGUUUACAGUUGCUUACAACGUGAGAUGAAUGAGCGAAAGUAUUAUUCUAUGAAUAUUUAAAUCCUUGAAGACUCGAGAGCAUCUGGAAGAGGAUAAA